UUAAUAAUUAUUUGCUUAUCGGACACACUCAACACACAAGCACAUACAGAAAGGGGCUCAAGUUAGAAAAUAUCUUUAAAAAAAAUGGCUAAUCUUGUUUUCCGAAUGCCAUCCGCACCCAAUUUGAGGGUCUUCUCAAUCUCAGCCUCCUCUAACGGGGCUGCUCCCGGUAACGAUACUAGUAAAUCACAAAAUGGAGGACCAGUGAUUUUGGAGCUUCCAUUGGAGAAGAUAAAGAGGCCUCUAAUGCGAACCAGAGCCAAUGAUCCAAACAAAGUUCAGGACCUCAUGCACAGUAUUAAACAAAUUGGUCUCCAGGUCCCUAUAGAUGUUCUUGACGUUGAUGGAGUUUACUAUGGAUUCUCAGGUUGUCAUCGGUAUGAAGCUCACCAGCGGCUUGGCCUGCCCACAAUUCGCUGCAAAGUUCGACGGGGAACAAAAGAAACUCUGAGGCAUCAUCUCCGAUGAGUUUUAGCAGAUUGAACUGUCCAAGCGAAUUUGCAACCCUGCUUGGAUUAUCUGUUUGUUCAAAUUUUAGAUACGCCUUUUUACAAUCUUACCAAUUUAUGAUUGAUAAAGCAAUCAAACUGCUGUUCUGAGAUUUAAUUGAUAUUUCUUAGAAACAAUGAGAAUAGAAAUACCAUAGGCAAACUGAACAUGUAAAUAAGAUAAAAGUUAAAACUUCUUGUCUAUUAAGUCUCUACCAACUAUAAUUAAUCCAUGGCUAUGAUGUGAUUACCAAA